AUGAUGAAGAAAUCGUGCGAGAAGAAUUUAGAAACGUUAAACAUAGAAACUAUUGGGAAUUACACGCAUUUCUUAGAACUACCGUUAAAAUUCGUCGGAUGCUGGGACUGGUUUAGAAAACCUAAGCGAGAAUACGAAAUAAUCGCUAAUCAUGUUUACUUGUCCUUGGUGCUAUUUGUGCUUGCAAAUCUACCGAUUUCUCUAAUUGUCCAUUUGCAAACUGAAUGGGUUGACAUCAUGCACAGCUUAAACGAAAUAGCUGACGGGCUGCCGUCGGUUGCCUCCGUCGCUAUUGUGGCGUACUUUGCACUUUACAAGAAGGAGUUGUACGAGCUGAUCAAUUAUACGAACGGUAACUUCAAAUGCCACUCGGCUAGAGGCCUGACCAAUAUGACAAUGCUAAAGAGUUACAGAGCCGCAAGGAACUUCGCUUUCUUCUACACUGCUUGCACGUUGUUUAGUGUGACGAUGUAUGUUAUUUUGCCAGUGAUCGUACAUCUGUGGACGAAGCAGCCGCUGCAACCGUGGGUCUAUACAGAUGUUACAAGGACAACAUUCAUUGUGUUUGUAUUUCUAAGACAAUGUCUGGCGCAGGCCUUCGUUGGGCUGGCUAUGGGGCAGCUAGGUAUAUUCUUCGCGUCCAACGCCAUACUUCUGUGCGGGCAACUGGACCUGCUGUGCUGCAGUCUACGCAACGCACGCUACACCGCCCUGCUGCAUAAUGGCGUACAGCAUUCUGCAUUGCUGGCUGCCCAUAAAGACUUGCUAGAAGAUGAGCGACAUAAUUACAUGUAUAACACGUCCGAAAUGAGGGAUUCCAAUUACCAUUAUGAUGAUAAAUUGCGACAUUUUAUCGGACAUAAAACAAGCUACAAUAUAUACAACCCAGCUUACGAUGCGGAUACAAGUGCGGCGUUACAUGAGUGCGCUCGUAUGUGUCAGGUCAUUAACGAAUAUAAGAUGAAAUUUGAGGCUUUCGUCUCGCCUCUGCUCGUGCUGAGGGUCGUGCAAGUCACUCUGUAUCUAUGUAUGUUACUGUACGCGGCUACAGAGAAAUUCGAUAUGGUAACCGUGGAGUACCUCGCUGCAGUGGCUUUGGAUAUAUUCGUUUAUUGCUAUUAUGGCAGUCAAAUUAUUUUACAGGCAGAUCGUGUGUCUACAGCGGCGUACCAGAGCUCUUGGCAUACGAUGGGUCCACGUCCAAGGAGGCUGUUGCUCAAUAUCCUCUUAUCUAACCGGAGACCGGUCGUAGUCCGUGCCGGAAAAUUUUUGCCCAUGGAUCUGCACACUUUUGUAGUUAUUAUCAAGACUUCAUUCUCUUAUUAUACACUGCUGGUGAACGUUAACGAGAAGGGCGAAAGGAAAUAA